AUGUCAGUUUCCUUAGAAGCAUUGGCAAUGGCAGGAGAAGAUUAUGUUAACUUUGGCAUAGAUAUGGAAGAAUGGGAGCGCAUCGAGUUAGAAGAAACACCAGCACACCUGCUGGCUGAUGAAGAUGAUAAUCUGCAACAAUAUUGGAGUAUUAGUAAUAUUAAUGAUUGUAUUACUGAUAAUAAUUAUGAUAAUGACAUGGAGUUUUCUGAUGAAUAUGUCACCCACUUUGAAGCAUCACAAGGUUAUGAAGCCUCAAGAGGCAGCUUAAGUUUAAGAGGGUUGGUAAUGAUGAUUAAAGCUAAGAUCAAGUUAACAAUGCUCAUAAGAUGGAAAAUAUUAACAGAUUUAUUUGAUGUAAUCAUGUAG